AUGAUGGUAUUUGUCUAUUUGCAACCAGCGCCUAGGAUCAGUGUUCAAGCCCCCAGUAAAUCUCUCGCUCUCUCUUUAUUAAUUCAUCUUCUCUCUCUCUCUCUCUCUCUCUCUCUCUCUCUCUCUCUCUCUCUCUCUUCGACUCACUCCCACAUUAUCCUACAUCCUUUCUUGCUUUCUAUCUUCCUACUCAAAUUAUCUCUCUUAAUCUACCGGAAACUCUUUCUUUUUGCAAACCAUCUUUUUCUACCCAAACUCUCUCCCUCCCUCUCUCACUCUCUAUUUCUCUCUUUCUCUCUCUCUCUCUGUCUCUCUCUAUUAUUUAUUAAUUUAUCCAGCCAAAAUUUUUCUGUCACUCCUAAAAUCGCUCAUAGCCACUGCUUUUCUUUCUUUCUUUCUUUCUUUCUUUCUUUCUUUCUUUCUUUCUUUCUAACCAGAUUCUCUCUCAAUCUCUCAGAAUCUCUCUCUUUUCUGACCCUCUUUUCCUUCUCAAACCCUCUCUCUCUUUCUUUCUCGCCCUCUUUUUCUCUCCCUUUCCCUCUCUCUCUUUCUCUUUCUUCCUUACACACCCCUUUCUCGCUCUCUUUCUUUCUUUCUACCCAGAUUCUCUCUCACUCUCUCAAUCUCUCGGAAUCUCUUUACCCACCCUCUUUUCCUACUCAAAACCUCUUUCUCUCUCUCUUCCUCUCUACCUCUCUUCCUCUCUUCUUCCCCCUCACAUCAUUAGAAACUUCUUUUGAUCUCUGUUCUUCUCAUUUCCCACAUCUCCUCCGACUUACACCGACCUCCGCCUGGUUUGACGUCAAGAACAAAGACUUACAGAUCCAGCUUGAACAGACAUUGACGCAGUCUUCAUCGCCGUACCCUCAAGACCGUAGUACUCCACGUAUAGGCAAAGUCCGGAACAACAGGACGAAGGCCAGGCGAUCGCCUUACUCUCAUAUUUCGGACGGUUCAGACUACAGCAACGAUUAUCCUGAGAGGCAGGCGGCAACAUACGACUACAUCCCUGAUAUGUCAAUGCCAGUUCAGGGGUAUCAAGGCGUCAUGUACCAACACCCCCACGAGACAAUGGACCGGUACAACCCGAUCUAUUCCUCUCCUUACCCGCACCCUGCCACCGCCAGCAUGGGAGUGUAUCGCGACAGCACCUGCGUGUAUCCGUACCAGCCCCAGAGGUACUUCGACGAGCGUAGUCCUUACAGGGGCUACGAAGAACGAUAUUACCCUAACCGAGACACUUCGUCAUAUUCAAGUUACGUCACUGCAACUCAGCCGGCGACGGGUGUGCUGGAUAACGUCGCUACAAUUCGGCUCGGUCACAGCGAUUCGAGCCGGGAAAGCUAUCGUCAGUCUGACAGCACGCAAUCUAUCACAGCUGGUCAGCAGUAUGAAUACCGGACGUCCGGUCCUUGUUCCGGAAGUGGCUCCCGUGACACAGCAUCUUACGGCACGGGUGGUACUCCGGGCAGCAACAGUGCUUCGGUGCUGAGCUAUUCCACACCGUUCAGCAAUCGGUCAGAAUCUUCCGCCUCUGAAGUGGACGUCGUUAAUGAAGAAUACGACAAAAGGCACUCGUCGGUCCACACCCAUCGAGGGGAACGUCACGGGGCUACGACGGGCGGAAGUGGUAUCAGUGUAGGGGUCAAUCGGGCUGAGGUUGUGACUACCGGGAAUGGAGGCUCAAAAUACGACACUUUGAUGGAUACUUCCCAACUAGUGAAAGAAGAAUCGUACAAGACUCAGCAACAGCAGCAACAACAACAAGUAGACCCGCAACAGACCAAUGGUCAUCUUAACUCUAGUCUUGGUAAUAACUCUAGUCUUGGUAAUAACUCCAGUCUUGGUAAUUCGCAAACCAGGGACUCUGUUUACCAAUCUGUAAUUAUGCGUAGACAGUCGAACCAGACAUACCAAGUGGGUACCUCCAACAACAACGCUAACACAAACAGCAGUAAUAGUAGUAACAAUGGCAGUAGUAACCGCGGUAACAGCAAUGGUGGGUCAAAUUCUGUCGGAACCACUAACUCUGCGGCCAAUAGCACAAACAGUCAAACACAGAAUCACGGCCAGCCGGGAAACCAUCAGAACGGGCAUCUACAUCAACAGCAGCACCACCAUCCCCACCAACAACAGCAACAUCACCACCACCACCACCACCACCAUCAUCAUCACCAGCAGCAAACACACCCUGUUAACGGGUCCACCAACAACAUGGCGUCGUCAUCGUCCUGCUCCUCUUCCUCGGAGUCCUCCUCCUCGUCGUCUGUGGUCUCCGUCGCCGACUACGAUGUCUCGCCCGUGUACCUCAAAGCCGAGACGACCAACUCCGUUCAGCACGAUCUAAAACGGUCCUCGGCUGCCGUAGGGCCCGUACCAACAGUGACCACUCCGGAAAACCAAGCUGCGGUUACGGUCCUUUCUGACAGCGUCGGCGUCGGCGUUGCCGGGGGCGCCCCCAGCAGCCUCGUACCGGCCACAUCAACAACGACGCAAAAAUUGUUGAGCAUGCGAACCUUGCAAGAGAAAUCCUUGGCCGCCGCCGCUGCCGCUGCCGCCGCCGCCGCUGCCACAGAGCAGGACGCUUAUACCACGUGUCUAAAAGCGGCCACUUGUGGCUAUGAUACGUACGGACAGUCGGCCCUUUACCAAACUGGACCAAUCCAGCCGCAAAGACCCUAUCCCAUGAUGCCUCAGGCAGGUUACACAAGCGUCAUUGUGGAUGCCCAGCAGUACCAAAUAGCCAAUGAGUUGGCUAAAAAGCUAAUAUUUUUGAUGUGCUUGCUUUUCGCUUCUUUUAACAUUUUUCCGUUCUUUUUUUUUUCCCAUUCUUUAUCAUUUUUCCAUUCUUCUUUUUUCUUUUUCUUUCUCUUUUACAUUCUUUCAUUUUUCUUUCAAAUUCUCUUUCUUUCUUUCUUUUUCUUUCAUUUUUUUACCAUAGAUUUUCUUUUCUUUUUGCCAUUUUAA